AACACACUGGGCUUAGCUAGCUAUAGCAGCCACACACACACACACUUACUCGGCAAGCUCUCUUUGAGCACGAUGGUGAGGGCAUCGUCCAUGUCCAUGGGUGUGGUCGCCGCGGCGGCGGUGCUGGUGUUCCUGUGCGCCACCGUCGUGCCGGCCGCCGCCCAGGGCAAGAAGGGGCUGCCGAAGAACUCCCUCGUGAUCCACCCGGGGCGGUCCGGGAAGAGGAACCAGGUGCUCACCUGCGACGACACCAAGGACGGGAAGCGCCCCUGCGUGGCCACCUGCGACAAGCGCUGCCCCAACGAGUGCGUCGUCCUCUGCCCAGGCUGCAAGACCUACUGCAUGUGCGACUUCUACCCCGGCGUGUCCUGCGGUGACCCGCGCUUCACGGGCGCCGACGGCAACAACUUCUACUUCCACGGCAAGAAGGAUCAGGACUUCUGCAUUGUCUCCGACGCCGACCUCCACAUCAACGCCCACUUCAUCGGCAAGCGCAACCCUGCCAUGAGCCGCGACUUCACCUGGAUCCAGGCCCUCGGCAUCCGCUUCGCCGACCAUCGCCUCUACAUGGCCGCCCAGAAGACCGUCAAGUGGGAAAGCAAUGUCGACCGCCUUGAGCUGGCCUUCGAUGGCAUGCCCAUCGACAUCCCAGCCGUCAUCGACGCCCAGUGGCAGUCCACCACCGUGCCCGCGCUGACCAUCACAAGGAGCGCCGCAACCAACGGCAUCAGGGUCCAGCUCAAGGGAGUGUUCGACAUCCUGGCCAACGUGGUGCCCAUCACACAGAAGGACUCCCGCAUCCACAACUACGGCAUGACCGACGACGAUAGCCUCGCCCACUUCGACAUCGGGUUCAAGUUCCACGGCCUCACCGACGACGUCCACGGUGUUCUCGGCCAGACCUACCGCACCGAUUACGUCAACAAGCUCAGUGUGAGCACCAACAUGCCAAUUAUGGGCGGCACUUCUACCUACGUGACCUCCGAUAUCUUCUCCACCGACUGCAAGGUCGCCCGGUUUGGUCGCUCUUCAGGAAUCUCCAUGGUCACUGGCAUGGCCACUUAAGCACCAUGCCUCGAUGGCUAAGCUCGAAGCUAGUGUCUUAACUUGACAUUCUAGAGUUAGCCAAGGAAUAAGCAACACCUAUCUGGGACAGGUUGUGGUAACACCAUGAUACGCACGAUCAUGUCAUCUUAAUUCUUCACACGUAAGCAUGGUUUGUUCAAUUGAUUAUCAUAUGGAAUAAAAGAGAUUUCAGAAGACAAAA